AUGGGCAAACAACUGAAAGGCUCCAGCUAUUCCCUCAUGGUAGAUGAAUCAACUGAUAUAUCCACGACAAAGCAACUGUGCAUUGAGGUGCGAUUUCUGAAUUCAGCAGAAAACAAGAUUGCAACCACGCUGCUUGAUCUCGUAGAGCUGUCUGACGGAACGGCGCAAACACUUCACGACACCGUAAUGAAGACUUUGGACAAGCACGGCCUGCCAGUCAAGAACUGUCUCGGACUCUGUACCGAUGGUGCAAAUUCCAUGAGUGGCAACCACAAUUCCCUCUUCAGUCGUCUUCGUGAGGACAACAAGGAAUUGGUCUUGGUAAAAUGCGCUUGCCACAGCCUGGACCUUGUGGCGUCCAAAUUGAUGCAAGCGAUUCCUUCUGCUGUCGAGCACUUGACAAACGCAGCCGACCCAUUGGUUGUCUUUCAAGAGCUUGAAAACUUGUAUUUGGAAGUUCUGCGACGAAUGUUGCACCCAUCAGUUUUGAGGCACAACUCAACAGCGAGCCUGCUAUCGCUAAACCUGGUGAAGAUAAAGUCUAUAUUCCUGCAACCAGAGGUAGCGGACUUAGGUGACGUCUUCAGAGAAUAG